AUGAAAGAUAAUUCAAUACGAUUAAAAUCUACAUCUGUACAUCAAAAAUCAUCACCAUUUAAUCGCGCAACAUAUACAUCAACUGAUGAAAAAUCUUCAAUAAAUAUCGAACCAUCUAAUUGUCCUCGAACUCAUUCAAUUCAAUCGUCAUUAAUAAAAGUUGAUAAAAAGCCUACAAAUAAUAAUAGUACAAUUCGUUAUAAAAUAAGUCAUCAAGGUUUUGAAAUACAACGUUAUUCAUCUAAUAAUUGGUUAUGUAUUGAUAUGUUAAGUAAAGAUGCAUGUCAAUCAAAUGAAAGAACAUUUCGUGAAAUGAUUGAAAAAAAAGAACAUGAUGAACUUAUAUCUCAUAGCAUUUAUACAUCGGAAUAUUAUCAUAAACGUUUGUAUAAUUUAUUAAAAUCAUAUAAACAAGGUAAUUUGACACAUAUACAAUGGGCUAAACAAAAUCAUCAAUUAUAUUGUUUAAAAGCAUAUUAUAAACAAGCAUUUCAACGUGAACAAUAUCGUAUUAAUUUAAAUGCACAAAAUCAACGUCGAAAACGUGCACAACAUGCUUUUAAGGAAUGGAAAGAAAGUAAAGAUGAAGAAUAUCUUGAACGUAGUCGAAGUCAUUUAAAUACAGCUAAUAGUCAAAAUACAACAGAAGUUAUAUAUGAUAUAUCAAAACGAUCAUUAUCAUCACAUAAUAAUACAAUUAAUCACAUGUCAAUAUCACCAAGUACGGAUACUGAACUUGAAGAAUUAUCACAUUGUCGACCAAUUAGUUCAUCAAAAUCGACUACAAAUACAUUAUAUAUGUUAGACGAACAACGAUGGUCUUUAGAUGCAAUGCUUAAGCGUAUUGUUGGACUUGCUGAACCUCUACCACCACCACCAAAAAUUAUUAAUCUUCAUAAUUCAUCAUUGACAAAUCAAAGUAUUGAUAGUGGUUUUGAAUCAGGCCUAUGA